UUCUCAUAUCUAAUGUAUCUCCCACAAUUUCUCACUCCAUCAUUGAAAAAGCUCUGAAAGAUAUUGGACUAAAGUUAGCUUCUCCUGUAUCGUUUGUAAAAUGCGGCGCACUAGGUGAUGAUGAGUUUCUUAAGGCGCAAUUCCACUGAGGCAACAUUUAGGCAACAUGUAGCAUGCGGCAUUGACGCAUGCUACAUUCAGUCUUUCUAUAGAAGGAACACUAAGCGACAAAAAAUAUGUCUUCUUGCCGCAUGCUACAAGUUGAGCGUUGUUGCCUGUAGAUUGCGUCGUCUUUCGACACGAUUGGACGCCGUCUAUCCAACAGUCAACGGAUCCAUGCGGCUUGAAGAAGGCGACAUGGAGUGGUCGAAUGAUAAAACCGUAGCUUUUAUAGAGGAUUACCAUAAUUCGCCCGAAUUAUGGAACAAUAAAACCCCUGUGUAUAAGGACAUUAAACUCAGAAAUGACAAGUUGACACAAUUAUCUGGAAAAUAUGAUUGUACCUUGAUGGAGCUGAAGAAAAAAAUAAAGAAUUUGCGAUCAGCUUUUCAUCGCGAACGAAAAAAACUUCAGGAAAAAAAGAGCGGCUCAUCUCCUAGCAAAAAAGGGAAAUGGUUUGCUUAUGAGCUAUUGAGUUUUUUAAUUGAUGUCGAUGUACCCAAAACAACAUCGUCAACUGCUGGCAGUGAUGAAGAGGAGUUUGACGUUGACAUGCUGCAUUCAUCAUCACAAUUGUCAGUUCCGUCCCCAUCAGCAUAUGCCAUUUUGCAAAAUUCUGUGAGCCAACAGAAGGAUGCGAGCACUGUAUUUGGGGAGUAUGUCGCCACUAAACAUCGAAAGUAUAGCUGUUAUACGAAAAAUGUAAUCGAACAUUUAAUUAACACAAUACUGUAUAAUGUAGAUAUGGGUAAAUAUGACGACCCUAGCGCUACAUCCCAACGAAGUAUUCUCCAACCUCUGCGUCAAAACCUGCCUACAACCACUCAACAGUUUGAGCCGGAUGAUCAUCAACCACUUGAUAUUUCGGCUAUCCACUCAGAGCCUUCACCCGCAUCUGAAAUGGAUCGUAGAGUCAGCGAUGUGGCAUCCUAUUAUGCUUCUUUUUCGGAAGAAUCAUAUUCCUCAUCCAAUUAUUAA